AUGAGUGUUUCACCAAAUAUCUCAUACUCCCAAGUAAAUCAUAUCGACUUAAGGAAAAAGAUCUUUCAGAAAUGUAAAAAUGCUCAAAAAACAGAUUCGCAUGAUAUAAACAGCAAAUCCUCGACGUCUUGUCCAGAAUGUAAUCAGUCAUUCUUUAACAAAUGGUGUCAACUAUGUAUCACUAAGAGUGGGUCCGGAAAAUUUUCUGAAGCUUUAUGGAAUGAAGGUCCUCCUUUACGAUAUCGAUGUGCUAUGAAUUUGAGGGACAAAGGAAAAAAAUAUAUUUUGAAGAGGAUGGGUCUAGUACGUGUCGCUUUAAAAGAACUUUGUUCUCGAAGGGAUAAUAGUUUGUCCGAGAUCAUGUCAAUUAUAAAAGCUAGUAAAAAAUCACCUCAUGUUAUUCGAUACUUCGGACUUUCAAAAAAUCCAACCACCGAUAACUACAUUAUCGUCAUGGAAUACGCUAACCAAGGUAAUCUUCAUAAAUACCUUGUAAAUAACUAUAUAAUCUUAACUUGGGAAAAGAAAUUAGAAAUACUUAAUUCCAUUGCAAGUGGAUUACAACAAAUACAUAUAAAAGGUCUAGUGCAUGGCGCUUUGCAUAGUGGAAAUUUGUUAGUAAAACAAGACGAUAAAUCAAAUAAUCAGCAUUUUUACUUCAGUGAUCUUGGUUUUUCUAGGCCAAUAGAGAUCAAAGAUGACAUGAUUCAAGUGUACGGUGUUCUUCCAUAUAUGGCUCCAGAAGUUAUAUGUGGACGACCAUACACUAAGGCUGCGGACAUUUACAGUUUUGGUAUGCUUAUGUGGCUAUUAUCUACCGGAAAACAACCUUUUGCAAAUAGAGAACAUGAUGAGAAUUUAGCAAUUGACAUUUGCGAUGGUGUACAGCCGCAUGUAAGCGAAAAUAUACCGAUUCAAUAUGCACAACUCAUGAAAAGGUGUCUGGAAUUUAAUCCUGACAAACGACCAUCAGCUGAGGAAUUGUGCUGUAAAACAACUUCUGAUUGGUAUUAUAAGCAUUAUCAUCCCGUUAAGUUCGAAGUAACGGACGAAUGCUUGGGGCUUUUUGAAGAGACAAAUCCAAACGUUAUAUACGCAAGUAAUCUACUAAGAUUUACAAUUUCUAGAAUGCGAUUAACAAUAGCAGCAAACGCACCAGGUGCACUGGGUGUAGAACCAUUAGAAACGAUUAAAGACACGGCAUAUAAAACGAAAAAAAUUGGAUUCGAAAUAAAUGAAAAUGUUUUUCAAAGAGUGAUUUCUUUGGAUAUCAACAAUUUUAUUCAACGAAUUGAAUGUACAGAGUCAAAAAUCGUAUGUGCAGAGUCAAAAAUCGUCGAAAUAUCUGAGGAACCAACGUUUUUACAGAAUACAGAAACUGAUUCAAAAUCCAUAUUAUCUUUGAAUUUUGAAAACGAGAUUAUUUUUUGUCUAUAUUGA